UCUUGCGUGGGUGAGGCAGACGCAGUCCUAUCACGGGCGGCGGUUAAAAUUGCAGCCAAAGGGAGGAGGAGUCGGCAGUUUCAUCUUCGGUCUUUCCUGAUCGGUGUGGGAGAUGGAACCAACGUUGAGCGACCACAACUGCAUUCUAAUUCGAGGAGGGAAAGUGGUGAACGAGGACUGCUCGGAGCUUGCCGACGUCUACAUUGAAGAUGGGCUCAUCCAGGGCGUGGGGCUCGACCUGCCGCUGCCGGCAGGGGCGAGAGUCAUCGAUGCCUCCGGCAAACUUGUCCUGCCCGGGGGCAUCGACACCCACACUCACAUGCAGUUCCCGUUCAUGGGCUUCCAAGCUGUCGAUGACUUUUAUCAUGGAACUAAGGCUGCUGUGGCAGGAGGUACCACUAUGAUAUUGGACUUUGUGAUCCCUAACAAAGGUGCCUCUUUAUUGGAAGCUUACGACAGAUGGAGAAGCUGGGCAGAUCCCAAAGUCUGUUGUGAUUACUCAUUCCAUGUGGCUGUAACUUGGUGGAAUGCAAAGGUGAAAGAAGAAAUGGAAAUUUUAGUCAAUGAGAGAGGUGUGAAUUCCUUCAAGAUGUUCAUGGCAUAUAAAGAUCUCUACAUGCUUCAGGAUGAUGAACUGUAUCCUGCUUUCUGUCAGUGUAAGAAGUUGGGAGCAAUUGCUCAGGUUCAUGCUGAAAACGGGCAUAUAAUAGCAGAGGGUGCAAAGCAAAUGCUUGCAAUGGGAAUUUCUGGGCCUGAAGGUCAUGAACUUUGUCGACCUGAAGCAGUGGAGGCUGAAGCCACACAAAGGGCAAUUACUAUAGCCAGUUGUGUUAACUGUCCCAUCUAUAUAGUUCAUGUAAUGAGUAAAUCUGCUGCUAAUGUGAUUGCCAGUGCACGGAGAGAAGGGAAGGUUGUCUUCGGAGAACCUAUUGCAGCCAGUCUAGGGACUGAUGGGACUUCAUACUGGGACAAAGACUGGCGCAAAGCUGCUGCUUAUGUCAUGGGACCUCCACUAAGACCUGACCCCACUACACCAGGAUACCUCAUGGACUUGCUGGCAAAUGAUGAUCUGACUGUGACAGGAACAGACAAUUGCACAUUCAAUGGCUGUCAAAAGGCCUUUGGAAAAGAUAAUUUUACAAAGAUUCCAAAUGGAGUGAAUGGUGUAGAAGACAGGAUGUCCAUCAUAUGGGAGAAAGGUGUGCACAGUGGUAAAAUGGAUGAGAAUAGGUUUGUGGCUGUGACCAGCACCAACGCAGCAAAGAUAUUUAACCUUUAUCCCAGGAAGGGGAAAAUAGCCAAAGGCUCAGAUGCUGAUAUUGUCAUUUGGGACCCACAUGCUGUCAGGACUAUUUCAGUCAAAACACAUCAUCAGGCUGUGGAUUUCAACAUCUUUGAAGGUAUGGUCUGCCAUGGGGUCCCUUUGGUUACCAUCUCACGAGGAAAGGUGGUGUUUGAUCGUGGAGUCCUACAUGUUGUGCCAGGGGAUGGAAAAUAUAUUCCACGAAAACCAUUUGCAGAAUAUGUCUUUAAGCGAAUCAAACAACGUGAUCAGGUUUGCCAGCCCAAGCCAGUACAGAGAGAGCCAUACUUGGGAGAAUUAGCACCAGAAUGUUCAGCUGCCACAUCCCAGUAAGGUAAAAGAGACUUGAAUAACCAAAGUUUACCCUGUCUGGUGAACCUGUUGGAGAGUCCUCUUAACUAGUAGAGAAGACACCGGGCUACAACAAUUGGCGGCAAGUCAUAUAUCAAGUUCUGAGCAGCCUGUGCAAUCCAAAGAUGCAUCAUUUAUCAAGAUUUUUAUCUGUGUAUCCACUGUGUUUUCAAAUUCUAUAAGUACUGAUCUGGGAAUCAUAUUGGCUUUGAGAAAUUAAUUGAAUGAUACUGGACUCAAAAGGGUUAAAUUAUGAAGCCAGAUUGCAUAGACUAGAAAUAUACUCAUUUCAGCAUGAAAGGAAUGGUUUAAUUGAUGUAUGAGAUGAUGAAAGGAUUGAUUGAAUACGUAGAAGUACUAUUUCCACUGGUGGGAGAAGGCAGAACAAGGAAUGCACCAUCCUACAAUUCGAACAAAGCCAUUUUGAGCUAUACCAAAUAACACUUCUUCGCACAGAUUAGAAAAACCUAGAAAUAUCUCCCUGUCCAUCCUUCCCUCUUCCCUCAUGCCUUAGAUCAAUUAAGUAUUUCAAAACCCUGAAUUUUUUAUAGGUGUUUUUCAGCAAGGGUAUCAACAAUCACAGAAUUGUGAUGGGUGAAUGGAGUUAAGGUGCAAGUCAGCUGUGACAUGUUUGAAUUGGCAUAAGGGACUUAAUGAUCUAAUUUUGUUUCUAUAUAAGUAUGUGAGCAAACUGACUGAUGCCAGAACUAACAUGGAUUUGAUAUAAUCUUGCACACUAGGUCCCACUUGGCAGACACUUAUGGAAGAGUUUGAGGGGAACUUAAGGUAUUGUUCUCCUCUCAGGACUUUGCUGGAGAAGAUGUUGCAGAUAGAACAUUUAGUGUUCGUCUUCUACUCUUCUUAAGAAGUGACCAGGGACUGAGGAUGAUGUGUUUCCACUUCAGAGUAAAUGUAUCCUUCUUAAAGGGGAGAGAGACAGAAAGCAGGAAACUACAGGGCAAUUACCUUAAUAUCAGUCACAGGGAAAAUGUUAGAACCUUUAUUUGAAGACUAUAUUCCAAGGCACUUGGAAAAAUUCAAGGUAAUCAGCAAAAUCAUACUUGACCAAUUUAUUGGUGUCCUUUGAAGAUGCAGUGUGCUAUGAAUAAAGUGAAUAGGUGAAUGUAAUAUACCUAAAUUUCCAGAAAACAUUUGAUAAGCUGCUGCAUCAAAGGUUACUGCAGAAAAUAAAAACUCGUGGUAUAUGUUGGUAUGGAUAGAAUACUGGCUGACUAACAAGAAAUGGAGAAUGGGCAAAAAUAGUCUGGUUUGUAAGAUAUAAUGAAUGGCAUUCUAGAGGGAUCAUUGCUGGGACUUAAUUUUUUUUUUACAAAUUGUAUAAAUGACCUGGAUGAAGGAACCAAAGCUAAGGUUGCUAAAUUUUCCAUCAUAUGCCUUGUAUUUAUCUGGGAUAAAUCACACCCAGGUAACCUGAAGUUUCUUUUACGUCAAAGAAGGCACAACGUAGUGCAAAAAAAAUUGCAGAAGUUGAAUAAAUGACUUUGAAAAUAAGUAGAUUGCAUAUCACAGAGAUAGCUACACUAACAUGUAAAUUGAGGUGUAAUGGGUCUUUUACACAGACCAGAAAAACCAGUUUUAUUUAAUUUUGAGCUUCUCUGACAUUAUUUGGCAAUAACUCUUUCAGACUAACAGCCUUUGUUAAUCCCAGAAGAUUUAUCUCCAGGUUGCAGCUGGCCAAGAAAUCAAGGGUUUUACAUGCUCAAAAAAAUGUUCUCAAUGUUUAGCCUUUACAUUUGCUUCCUUUAUCCCAAUAUACAGUACAGUGGGUAUGCAACUUUGUACAGUGCUUGAGAUCAAUUCCAUGAAGUGCUAUCUUUGUGCUUAUCUUGGUUCAUGGCCGUUAUCUACAUUUAUUUCAUGCAUGUCUAAGUGAGCAGGUGUUUAGUGUGAUAGAACAGGCUUACCUGAUAUAUUGCCAAAAUUAUACUUUGCCAACACAACAUCAAAACCAAGCUGAGGAUUAGUAAGUGAAUAGGUUCUUUUGAUGCAUUAAAUCAUGGUAAUAACACACUUUGGUUUUCAUAGAUUCAUGGAGUAAUAAAAGCAGAAUAGGACUUGUCAUGACUUGGUUUGAUUUAUCCCACACCCCAUUUGGGCUCUUACCUCAUCAAUUGACAAAAAAACAUGGUUUUGAAUUUUAGCCGAACAAACCAUCUUAGCUUACAAGUUUACUGCUUCAUUUACGAAAUCUGAUGUUCGGUCUUGUAAAGCAUUCAAUUCCUUUUUUAUAUACUUUAAAUCUCUCCUUUAAUCCUCUCUUCUUUUCAAAUAUUUUUCCAAUUCUCUUUUGAGCUUGACUGAAGAAUAUGCUGGCUUCAACCUACCAGGCCAUACAUUCCAGAUCACAGUCAUUCAUCUUAAAAAAAGGUUUCCUCUUUCAUAUUUGGUUCUUUUGUCAAUGCUCUUAAUCCUUAAGAUCUGGUUACCAAACCUUUUUCUUAGUUUUUCCUUAUUUAUGAUUUUGAACACCUCUAUCAAAUCUGCUCUCAACUUGCUUUGCUCAAAGGAAUACAACCUCAGCUAUCCAGUCUCCCAACAAACCCCGCCUCUUUCCUGGGGUAGCAUUCCUCUGUUAUUAUUAUUGCCAAGGAUCCCAUAACGUUUAAUUCGGUUGUACAGGUUUAACAUUUUUUCCUGUAUACUUCACUGUAGAGUUAAUCUAGCGGUUACAAGGAAAACUGGGACAUUCUUGUUUCAAUUUUCCAUUUAUAAAUAGGAAAAACUAUAAAGAUUGCUACUCAUGGACAUCAACUAUAAUUUAUUGAUAUCUGUAAUUAGUUUUGAAAAUUAGAUUUGAAGUCAGACUUCUCCAGUUGAUAAGUUGCAAAGGUUCAUUUGAGACUCGCAAAGAAUUUAAAUUCUGAUAGAUACCCACUUAUUCUAAUUGUUAAAUUUGUCAUCCAUAAGUUCCAAUAAUUUGCCUCAGUAAAACAUCUGUUUGAAAUCUUUUCUGAAUUGCCGUGUAAUUUAUUUUUAUUAUGCAAUCAAAAUUAUGAAUUGUUUUAGUAAUAAGAAAAAUUUAGAUGAAUAAACUUUUACUUGACCUGCA